GUGUUCAAAGCAUAGACUGACAUAAGGAGACGUGGAAGUAAACUAUCGGUUCGGAUAUUUUGCUUCUUGAGCGUACAUUGAACGGUCGUCUACCUGUUCCACUCCCAACGUCUGCCAUAAGUAUUGCCUCCGUCAAGCAUCACUCCAGCCAUCACACAGAACGGGCUUACACCCGCGAUACCAACAAGCCAAACCUACCUCACGUGCACGCCAUCCACACCCGCCAAUUUCCACCGUGCUACCACCACCCCAUCCAACCAGCCACACCUCCCUUUUUCCCUACCACCAAUUACUACCACCCAAAAUGUGCUACUUCGAACAAACCCUCUGGUCCUGCGGCUACUGGAAGUGGGGAAACUUCCGCCAGCAGUGCAACAAGGAAUACCGCACGGGCGAGACGUGCGGACUCAAGCUCGUCUACGAAACCAACUUUAUUCCUUCUCCUUGCAAGAUUUGCGAGCAAAUCACCAAGAAGGAUCGAAGACUACGCAAGAUGGCAGAGGAUAUUGAACGCUGGACACGCGAGGGAAAUCGCAGAGCCACCAUAGAAAAGACGCAGGCGGAUAUGUUGGGGGUGCGGGGGCAGAUUCAAGAGCUGUGGAGGGGGCACGAGGAGAAGCAGAGGAGUAUUUGUUGAGGAGUGUGGCGGUGCAAGUAUGACCAUUUCUU